UCACCACCACCAGUCAGGCGCACUCGGCACGUCGUCGUCGUCGUCGUCGUCGUUCUCGUCGUCGUCGUCGACGAGAGAUCGCCGUGGAAGGACAGAUUCUCGUGUCCCCUGAUCGUUUACCGCCAUAUCGCGUCGCGAACGACGUAUACAGCGACGUGCGAUGUUCCUGUAAGGGAAAAAAACACGAGAGGGCGAGAAAGAGAGAGUGUGAACCAAAUAUUGCAUCGCAACCCCCGAACGUUCUUUUUUUUCGCCGCUCCGGUUGUUCGCCGAUUCGAGUCGAGGCCGCCGUCGAGUAACGCCCAGGGGUGGAAGCAGCUCGGAGAAAGAAGAGAUAUAGAGAGAGGGUGUAUAUUAUAGAGUCGACGAGAGAACAGCUUCCGGUGUGUCAAAAUGCCGCCGUUGGUCAAAAGGGACGUGAAUGCCGCCGAGGCACGUAACGAGGAGCCCGGCAUCACCGACUCCAACGUAGCUUUUAGCACAGAAAUCGAAGAGAAGGCCGGAACAGAUGAGGCCAUUACCGAAAGCGCAGCGAAAUCCUUCGAGGAUAAAAUCGAGAAGUUUGGGAAAGGCAUCGCGCAAGAAGUGGGGAUACCGCCUUGGGGUCUUGUUGCUAUUUUAAUAGGAGUAGGCGUAAUCGUUCUCGGAAUCUGCUUCUGCUGUAUACGAAGAUGCUGUCGCAAGAGACGAUCCAAAGAUGGCAAGAAGGGAUUGAAGGGCGCGGUGGACCUAAAGUCCGUGCAGCUUCUGGGCAGCACGUACAAGGACAAGGUACAGCCGGAUAUGGAAGAAUUGACGGACAAUGCCGAGGAACCGGAUGAAGCUGAGAGCAAGCAGAGCGAAGUUAAACUCGGAAAAUUACAAUACAAGCUCGAAUACGAUUUUAAUUCGAACAGUCUCGCCGUGACAGUAAUCCAAGCUGAAGAAUUGCCGGCUUUGGACAUGGGUGGUACAUCAGAUCCAUACGUAAAAGUGUAUUUAUUACCGGAUAAGAAGAAAAAGUUUGAGACCAAGGUUCACAGAAAGACAUUGAAUCCGGUCUUCAACGAGACUUUCACGUUUAAGAGCGUUCCUUAUGCCGAUGCCAUGAACAAGACUCUGGUCUUCGCCAUCUUCGACUUCGAUAGAUUUUCGAAACACGAUCAAAUCGGCGAAGUUAAAGUGCCGCUUUGCCAAAUCGACUUGGCGCAGACGAUCGAGGAGUGGAGAGAAUUGCAGAGUGUCGAAGGCGAAGGUGGACAGGAUAACAAAUUGGGAGACAUAUGCUUCUCAUUGAGAUACGUACCAACGGCUGGAAAACUCACGGUUGUCAUUCUGGAAGCCAAGAACCUGAAGAAGAUGGACGUCGGUGGUCUCUCGGAUCCUUAUGUUAAAAUCGCGUUGAUGCAGAACGGAAAGAGAUUGAAGAAGAAGAAAACGUCGAUCAAGAAGUGCACCCUUAAUCCGUAUUACAACGAAUCAUUCUCCUUUGAAGUACCCUUCGAGCAGGUACAGAAAGUACAACUCGUCGUCACUGUAGUCGAUUACGAUCGCAUCGGCACGUCAGAACCGAUCGGGAAGGUGGUCCUGGGAUAUAAUGCGAGCGGAACGGAAUUGAGACACUGGUCCGACAUGCUGGCGUCUCCGAGGCGCCCGAUCGCCCAAUGGCACACGCUAAAAGACCCCGAAGACGGAGAUAAGAAGGACUAAGAACGUUGACUUUCCAGUUAAGGAUAAUUGAUUGGGAAAGGGGUACGGAGAAGAAUAGGAGAGAUAAAAGGGAUGUAGAGAAGGGGGGGGAGAAAGAGAGAGAAAGCGAAUAAAUCCAAAGAAAGAGAGAGAGAUAAACAAAUACAUACUUAAUAGCUAUUAAUAAUCUAUAAUUAAUUAAACGAUAAAAAUACCAACCAUGAAGGAUUUAACAUUAAAAUAAUAUGUUCCCACGUGGAGAGUGUAGUGUCUUGUAUAUACUAUACGUAUAUCUAAUAUACUUCUCUCUGUAGAUGUAACAUUGAAUGAUUUACAUAAGUAACGCGUCGUCCUUUUUGGGAUAUCGAUUGAACAGAAACGAAAAUGUUGAAGAUUCACGAAAAAAUAUAUAUAUAUUCAUAUAUAUAUAUAUACUCACAACCUCGAGAUAAUAUCUACGUUAUUAGGCAACCCGCAGAUAGGCUUCCAUCUUGGUUCGGCCGUUCGGCGCAGAUUUCCGUCAUAAACUUUGUCUAAAAUACGUCGUUCAUAUGUUACAAAUAUAUAUAUAAUAUAUAUAUAUAUAUAUAUAUAUAUAUAUAUAAUUAUUUCGGUUGUAUUCGUAAAAAUAGCGGCAUAAUUUUCUUCCAAGGGAAGAAACAUAUGUAGAACAAAGGUGAUGCGAACGUUCACAGUUGUGUGCGAAAUAAUAGUGAUGGAUGACAACAUAUAUGAAUUCGCAAAAAGAUCCCGAAAUAUGGAUGUUGAUUCGCCAAUUGAGGCCAAUUAGCGAAAGAGAGCGUUGCAUAAAAUAACAAAUACCCGGCGAAAGGCAAAGUUAUAAUUAGAAAUUAAAUUAAAUCAACAUAAAA